AUGGAGGGAGGCUGCCCAAGAAAUAUGAUACGGGAGGCAACAACGUUUCUGUUGGAUGUUCUGAAACCAAACUUGCCAGAGCAUGCUUUUAUUCAAACCAAGGUUUUGGAGAUAAACUUAGUGACUUACCCGAAAGUUGUUGAUGCCAUUCUUGCUAAUGGUAUGUUCAGUCAUUAUGAUCGCCCUCGUAUUGCUCAGCUGUGUGAAAAGGCUGGGUUGUACUUGCGAGCCCUCCAGCAUUACUCAGAGUUGCCUGAUAUCAAGCGUGCCAUUGUAAAUACCCAUGUCAUUGAACCACAGGUUUGUCGACUUCAGUUAUUUUCAGAUAUCUUUUUUUAUGUUUUGCCCAUUAACAACUUCCUUGGACAGACACUUGUUGAGUUCUUUGGCACAUUGUCAAGAGAGUGGGCUUUGGAAUGCAUGAAAGACCUUCUACUGGUUAAUCUGAGGGGAAAUCUUCAGAUUGUUGUGCAGGCCGCGAAAGAAUACUCUGAGCAGCUAGGGGUUGAUGCUUGCAUCAAAUUAUUUGAGCAAUUCAAAUCUUAUGAGGGCCUUUAAUUUUUCUUGGGAUCCUAUCUGAA